AUGGAAGCUGACUACUUGGAAGACCUGGACAUAGAUAACAGGACUGAAAAUUGGGAACAGCUAACGGGGAGUAGUGAGUGGCCUAAGGGCCACCCAUUGCCUCUUCCCUCAUGGGGUAGCCCAAAGCUGGCACUCAGUGUGCCAAGCGUGGAACAAUAUGAGGACCUUGCCUCAAAUGUGGAGUUGACCGUGCAGCAGCUUCUGCAGGCACACAACUACAACAGUGUUGGCAACCUGCUCAGGUUCUUUGAAGGGUUCCGUGCAAGUGGGGAUUCCAAUUUGGGUCAUUUCUACCGCAGUUAUUUGCCGCCAAUCACACCCGAACAUUACACCUGCGUUGGACUGGCACUUGAAUUACUACGACGAUUAUCCACCCUUGAAACCAAGUUCCCUGGGCUUACCAGUCGACUGUAUUUGGCCUCUUGUGAAGAAUCAAUAGAAGAUGUUGACAGUUAUGUGAGAGAAGAACCUUGCAAGACAUCGGUAGAAAAGGAGCAUGUGUUGGUAGCAUUGCGUGUGGAGGUGGCAGGAAGGCCUGGAAUGUUACUGCUAGAUCCUGGUUAUCAUAUAGCAAGAGUUAUAACUGUUAUGGCUGACAACCUUUACCCUCAUACUGGUUGGUUUACACAGUCAGAUGAACCGCAUUGUCGCAAAGAAUACCAAUAUACUCUGGCCACAGGUGGUAAAUACAUCGUAUGGCGAGAUCGUGAAACUCGCAAUGGACUAGAAUCCAUUUCCACGGCAGUUAUAUACGCGAGUCGUCCCUUUCUGUGUCCAGUAACCGUUACUGAACGUCGAAACCUUGUAUACAACUUCCGAAGUUUGCUAUCAAGGGACACCAAAGGACAUCUGAUUGCAGGAAUCUAUUUUAAGAUAACUGACAAUGCUAGAAAGGCAGUGGAUAAUGGUUCAUUUAGUUUCACAGCUUUCCAUCAAGUAAAUGGCAAUACAAUGCGCAUGAAAGUUGACUUCAACAAGUACCUUGAUAUACAGCAGAAGUCUUCCAAUGACGCAAGGACUGAUGCUGCCAUUGCCCUCUGCGGCCAACAGCUAGGAUUACCAGCAGGACGAUUAGAAGCAAUACUGACUGAUUUGGCCACACUCGUUGCAGAUGACAGUUUCCGAGUGCAGCUGCUGGGGAUAAACCAGGACAUUAAUGAUGUUGCAUGUGAUAACUAGGUGGAGCUGCACCGGUGCCAAGCCGCGGUACCGGUGCCAUGUCACCAGGGAAACACGACCUUAUGGGAAUAUAUUAUUUUGUGUUGGGUCUUUGCUGCUUUUGUGUUUGGUAUAUUAUGUUCCAUACUUUUAUAAUUAUUGCCACACUACAUAUAAGUUUUGUGUGAAUGUGCUGUAUUAUUUCUGGCUUUUUUUUUUUUUUUUAAAAAAUACUGACUUCGGUUUAUUUUCCUGAAACAGUCUUUGAGAAUUGUUGCCAUCAAUGUAGACUUAAGUCGUACUUAUUGUAUAAACUGAGAUGGAUGUAAACUUUUGGAAAGGCACGAUGAUUUAAACAUUGGCUUUGUCAAGUUCAGAUUCUGCUAAGAAAAUGAAGACUCUCUGCUGUGAAAGCAUCAAAUCCUGCUCUUGAAUUCUCCAUUUAACCUGGCAACAAAGUAUAUCCUACUAGCUAAAGGAUUUGAUAAAAAUGUGUUACACGCAUAGAUUGAAUGGGAAACUAUUUCUGGUUGCAGUCUUGUGCUGGUGUGUUUAUGACAGAUUCAUUUUGUGCUUUUUUAAAGUUGUCAGAAAUAAAAAAAAAUUUACUUAGUUUCAAUACUUAUUUACUUUGUUGAGAUCUGUAUACAGAAGCUGUAUCUGCUUAACACUGAGACCAACUUCAUGAACUGAGAUUUGUGUAUUACUUCCUUUUAUUGUACUGUUUUUGUUAGUGUAUAAGUGUCGUAUUGUUUAUCAUAUAUAUACAAAUUUACAAAAUAGUGUCCAUUAAUUUAAACAUUCAGUACAUUUUAUUGAAGUUAGCUUUAAUAAUAUGACGUCUCUGCAGAUUUGGCUGUGGAUUAAUCAUUAAUAUCCAAUGUUAUGGGGUUGCAACUUAUAUCUUUCAAAGGCUGUUUAAAGAUGCAUCAAAGAUGCUAUUUUAUAUUCACUGUUACUGUAUGUAUGAGAAUUAUAAUAGGCUCUGUAAACAUUAGUUUGUAAUUUAUAAUAAUUUAGACAAAUACUUAAUGCAGAUCAUUUUUUAUAUAACUGGAAGGAUGUGUUUCCCUGGAGAUAAGAGGUUUAUUGGAGGCAAAUGAUAUAAUGCUGAAGAAUUUUUUGAUAUGAAGGAGCUUAACUCUGGGUGACUGGGAAAAUGUAAACCAACACAGGUUGCUUGCUCACACAUUAAUGCACACUGACACUUUAACUGCUUCUUAUAUAAUCUCUUAUCAUUAAUUUUAAUUUAUGUCACUUCAGUUUUAUUUACUUUAGCUAAUCAGAUCAAGGGCAUAUUAUUGAAAUUCUGAAAAUAUUUUUAUUCUGAGUUAUAUAGAGUUAAAUCAUGUUUGAGUUCCUCUAAUAUUGCAGCAGAAUCUGAAAUGUUAUUACUUAAAUUCCUCAGUUUUGCUUUUAUUAUGUCACUUCUGCAGUAUGUAAUAAACUGUUCAUUAAAAUAAAAUGAGCCAGCAGUUCUUAUUUUACUGUUAA